AUGUCUUCUUCAAGAAAUACCCGUGAGCAAAACGUCAAGCUCACUCAAGACGUCCACUCCCAGAACGGGAUUAAGAUGAAGCAAGAAGACGACAAGGCCAACAUUUCUCUCUCUACUUCUGUCCAUUCUCAGAACGGGGUUAAGAAAGAAGAAGACAACAAGGCCAACAAGGCCAACAUUAAGAAAGAAGAAGACGACAAGGCCAACAUUUCUCUCUCUACUCCUGUCCACUAUCAGAACGGGGUUAAGAAAGAAGAAGACAACAAGGCCAACAAGGCCAACAUUAAGAAAGCAGAAGACGACAAGGCCAACAUUUCUCUCUCAUCAACCCCCGAGUCCUCCGGACCAUUCUCUACUCCCGAGCAGCCAUCGAGCUCCUCUGGCUCCCCAUCCGCAUCGAUCUCUCCCGCCAUCGAAGCCCAAUCUAUCAAACGCAACUUACACCCUACACCACCCCGAACCAACGCCAAGGUGGUUGACACAGCCAGCCAAACCGACGAAGUCCGAGCCGCAGCACGACCUGCACCAGCCAAAACCAACACCAAGAUGGGGAACAAAGCCUGCCAAACCAACAAAGUCACCAAGCGAUCCUCAGCAGCAGCAGCUCCAAACCCUAUGUACCCCCCGGGGGGGGGGGAACUCGAAACCGCGGAGGAUGUUCGCAGACGCGUGUGGUUUGCCGGCACACUCGGCUUGAAGUACAACAGCAAAGGAAUGCUAGUCAGCAAAGAUUCGCACUCCGAGGGAUCGAAGAAGAAAUAG